AUGCAGAAUUCUCGAUCUGUCACCGCGGCGUCGACAGACAACCUCCCGUCACUAAAAAACCAGACGUCUUUCAAUCACGAACGGGAAGACAAAAAGGAGGGCAUCGAUGAGAUCGCAUCGAGAGCACCGUCUGUGGAGAUAAAUUUUCCGGAUGGCGGCACAAGAGCCUGGCUCGUUGUUUGUGGGGCGAUGUGUUGCACUUUUUCAACAUUUGGUUAUGUCAAUGCCUGGGGGGUGUUCCAGUCUUAUUACACGUCAAAUGUAAUGCGAGAUAUCUCACCCUCAAGUAUUCAUGUCCAACCAAUCAGAUCAUGGAUCGGAUCAAUACAGUAUGCCCUGGUCUUCCUCCCCGGCCUUAUUGCGGGAAGGUUGCUAGAUCUUGGGCAUUUUCGAUUCCCUUUCUUAUUUGGAAGUAUACUCGUCGUUGUAUCCUGCCUGAUUACUGCGGAAUGCAAAAAAUAUUGGCAUUUUCUACUUUGCCAAGGUAUUCUGACUGGGAUUGGAAGCGGAAUUUGUUUUGGGCCCACUUUGGGAAUCGUCGGUCAUUGGUUUCUAGUCAAGCGCGGGCUGGCGCUGGGUAUGGUGGCAGUGGGAUCGUCGAUAGGUGGAACUAUCUACCCAAUCGCGGCCCGUCAACUUAUGCCCCUCAUUGGAUUUUCUUGGACCAUGCGCGUCAUGGCUUUGAUUUCUAUGGUCAUGUUGAGCGUAUCAAAUCUCACGCUCAAACCACGACUCCCGCCAAAAGACGUUCCAGGCGGCCUCUUCAAUGUCAGGGUUUUCAGGUCACCUGCUUUCACAAUAUACUGCUUCGCGACGCUCGUCGCUUUUCUCGGGAUUUACACCGUUCUGACAUACAUAAAUACAAGCGCCGUCCUUGUUGGGGUAUCUCCGGACUUUGCGUUCUACCUCGUUAGUAUUGCGAACGCUAGCUCCGGACCUGGCCGGAUCGCCACUGGAAUUAUGGCAGACAAAUUUGGCCCUGUCAAUGUGAUGGUACCAAUGACACUUGCUAGCGCCAUAAUGACGUUCGGUUGGCCAUAUGCACAUACCAAAGGCUCGCUCAUAGUUGUGGCUAUCCUUUACGGGUUCACCUCAUCUUCGUUCGUAUCGGCUCUCAACAUGCCAGUUUUCGCUCUUGGGGAAAUGGGCGACGUGGGCCGGCGACUGGGAACCGUGAUGAUGUUUACCGCAGUCGGCGCGCUCUGUGGACCCCCAAUAUCGGGUGCCAUUUUCAGAUCCACUGGCGGCUUCAACGCAGUCAGCUAUUACGCGGGUAGUGUUAUCGUGGUUGCGACUAUUUUGAUGGCAACUACUCGCUACCUCAUUUUACGACGAUUUUGGGGCAAGUUUUGA